AUGCCUACGGACAUCCCGAUGGGAGGGGAUGAGGAUGACGAAGCUGCGUACGCUCCGCAGACGGAAGGAGAGGAGAAGGAUCUGACGAGCGAUGGCGGAGUGAAGAAGCUGCUUGUGAAGGCCGGCGACGGCUGGGACAAGCCCGAGGCUGGAGAUGAGGUGUCAGUCCACUACACCGGAACCCUUCUGGACGGAACCAAGUUCGAUUCGAGCGUGGACAGAGGAGAGCCGUUCAAUUUCAAGCUGGGACAAGGCCAGGUCAUUAAGGGAUGGGAUAAGGGUAUCGCAUCCAUGAAGAAAGGCGAAAAAUCCGUGUUUACAAUCAAACCCGAAUACGCUUAUGGCGAGGCUGGCUCUCCGCCGACCAUCCCUGCGAACGCGACGCUGAAAUUCGAGGUGGAGCUGCUGUCGUGGAUCAGCGUUAAGGACAUCUGCGGCGAUGGCGGCGUGUUUAAGAAGAUUCUCGUGGAGGGCAAGAAGUGGGAGACUCCCAAAGACAUGGACAAGGUCACAGUGAAGUACGAGGUGCGGUUACACGACGGCACGGUGGUAACCAAGACGGGCGACGACGGCGAGCAGUUUUACCUCAAGGACGGCCACUUCUGCGCGGCUCUCCCGCGCGCCAUCAAGACGAUGCACCAGGGGGAAAAGGUUCUGCUCACCGUGAAGCCCCAGUACGGUUUUGGAGAAGCCGGCCGUCCAGAGACUGACGGCCAGCCGGCAAUCCCGCCAAACGAGACGCUGAGCAUUGACCUGGAGUUGGUGGCGUGGAGAAAGGUGGAGAAGGUUACAGAGGACGGGAAGGUCAUGAAAGAGGAGAUUGAGGCUGGGGAGGGGUACGAGCGACCCAAUGACGAGUCGGUUGUGAAAGUGCGCUACACUCUGCGCCUAGAGGAUGGGACAGUGGUGGAGGAGAAGGGCAUGGGCGAUGGGGAGGAGCCGUUUGAGUUCACCACGGAUGAAGAGCAAGUCGUGCCUGGGCUGGACAAGGCAGUGAUGAAGAUGAAGAAGGGAGAGCUCGCCACCGUCACCAUUGCCCCAGAAUACGCCUACGGCUCUGAGAAAAAGACCCUGGAAAAAGGCACAGUACCGGCCAACUCUACACUGGUGUACGAGCUUCGGCUGGCGGAAUUUGUUAAGGAUAAGGAAUCCUGGGAGCUAGGGGACGAGGAGAAGGUCGCGCAUGCAGCGAAGAAAAAGGAGGAGGGUAAUGUUCUCUUCAAGUCCGGAAAAUACGUCCGGGCAGCAAAAAAAUACUCCAAGGCGAUGAAGCUGAUCGAGUACGACACGCAGUUCAAAGACGAGGAGAAGAAGGCGUGCAAGGUGCUGAAAGUCUCGUGCGGGUUGAACGAGGCUGCGUGCCAGCUGAAGCUGAAGGAUUUCCCGGCGGCAGUGAAGCUGACGAGUAAGGUGCUGGAGCUGGAGGGGUCGAACGUGAAGGCGCUCUAUCGGAGGGCCCAGGCGUAUAUGGGGACUGAGGACUAUGACCUGGCGGAGUGGGACGUCAAGAAGGCUCUUGAUCUCGACCCUGAGAACAGGGACCUGAAGCUAGAGUAUCGGCAGCUGAAGCGCAAGAUUGCAGAGCAGAACCAGAAGGAGAAGAAGAUUUAUGGCAACCUGUUUGCACGGCUGCACAAACUUGAGGAGAAGGAGGGUGUGAAGCAGGCAGAGGAGUCGCGAGCCAUCAUCGAUGCUUUCCCGGACGUCCCCACUCUCGUCAACUUCGGAUUCCCAGACCACCUGUGUGGCACAUGGCACCACAACUACACUCGCAUGCACCAGCAAAUCCGGGCAGCCAGCAAAAAUCCCUCCUCUGCCCCGCCGCCCGGCACGCCGCCCGUGAAAUUUCUCACCUUUGACGGCCUCAGCCACUGCGACAGCCUCGGGGAGACCCUCAUGGGGCUGACGUCAGCGUUCACUGUAGCUAUCCUCACUAACAGGGCCUUCGUUAUAAAGCACCCGUGCAUCCCCAUGGCGUUUGAACCGGCGCUGAUCGACUGGCAGCCCACAGAGGACGUCGGAUUCGAGCCGGUCAGAAACGAAACUUUUCCGCUGAAAACUCCUGACCGGGCGGUCGAUCCCCCAAUAGGAGCGAGCGAUAUCGUGGAGAUCAACCUGGAAAAAGAUGACAGGGCGAACCCGGAGAAGGUGUUUCCGCAGGUGGAAGCUGCGAGGAACCUGCGUGUGGUGUGGAACAGAGACCUGCUGGUGCAUAUGCUGAAGGAUGUGAAGGGAUCGGCAUGGAAAGACAGACUCACAGAGAUGGGCAUCAGUAUUCCGUACUCGUUCGGGUGCUUGGUGCGAUACCUGCUAAGGCCCAAGCCGGAGGUGUGGCACAGGAUGCAGCCGUUUGAGAAGCAGCUGAGGGGCGACAAGGUGGUGAGCAUCGGCAUGCACGUGAGACAGUUUGGCCAAGGCCCCGCCCGCCCCAACGCCACCGUUAGCGCAGAGGAGCUGCAGAAAGGAAUGAACGACUCAGUGCGGCCGGCCUUUCAGUGCGCUGAGUUCGGCCAAGGGCCCGCCCGACCUAAUGCUGAGGGUAGUCCCCCUCCCCUCCGCUCUGAAAAGCAGCUGAGGGGCGACAAGGUGGUGAGCAUCGGCAUGCACGUGAGGCACUUCGGCCAAGGCCCCGCCCGGCCCAACGCCACUGUCAGCCCGGAGGAGCUGCGGAAAGGAGGGUGA